GUCAGUCAGAACUGAAAACAAAAGAACGGAAGCAUUAAAAACAUAACACCGCGAGAAUUCUACAGCUGAACACAAGUUCCGCCUUCAUUUUGUAUUUAAUUAAAUCAAUUCAAAAACCAAUCGCAACGGAACAAUGACUUUCACAAAAAGUGUAGACCAGACCACGAUCCUGCAGGGCGAUCGCUCCAAACUAAAGGACCUGCUCCGGGUCCGGCUGAACGCGUGCGGCUGGAACGACCAGGUCCGGCUGCUGUGCCGGGAAACCAUCAAGGAGCAGGACACGGUCAACUGUGACGCGCUGGUGCAGCAAGUGACGCCCAAGGCGCGCGCCCUCAUCCCGGACACGGUCAAGAAGGAGCUGCUACAAAAGAUUAAGGCGAUUCUCAUUCAGCAGGAGGGCAUUGAUAUCUGAUGGCUGGGGGUGUGAUAAAUAUAAUUUUAAGAGGGAUUAAGAUUUUGA